UAUUCUUUUUUAGCUGUUCAUCUGGUCUUCGUCUGAUCACUUUUUUCACAACGCCAUUUCGUUUCAAAUCUUGAAAUCAUUUCGAUUCGAUCUCGCACAGAUAAUAAUUCUUCCCGGGGCUGAAUUUGAUGGAAAAUCCUCUGCAACUCAAGUCGUUGAACCACAUCUCGCUGGUGUGUCGGUCCUUGGAGAGGACGGUGGAUUUCUACCAGAAAGUCCUCGGCUUCGUCCCAGUCAGGCGACCCGGAUCCUUUGAUUUCGAGGGCGCAUGGCUGUUCAACAAUGGAAUUGGGAUCCACCUGCUUCAAGCCGAAGACCCUCAUCAAAUGCCCGCUGCCGGUGGAAUCAAUCCCAAGGACAACCAUAUUUCUUUUCAGUGUGAGAGCAUGGCGACGGUGGAGAAGAAGCUAGAGGAGAUGGAGAUAGAGUACGUGAAGAGCAGGGUAGAGGAAGGGGGGAUCUACGUUGAUCAGAUCUUCUUCCACGAUCCCGACGGGUUGAUGAUCGAGGUCUGCAACUGCGACAUCCUCCCCGUCAUCCCCCUUGACGGUGGCGCUCCAGUUCUCCAGUGUUCCCGCAUGAAUUGCAAUCUCAAGCACCACGUUCAGCAACAGCAGCAUCCGACUACCGUCACACUAUGAAUUUGUGUCUCUUUCGACAAUAAUGAAAGUACACAAAGGAUAAGGCAAAGCCGAAAUUUUUUGUUUCUAAGGUUGGAAUUCUAAUCAUUGUUUUCCCAUUCCAUGUGAACCGAAUACGUGAUUAAUUUGAUGUCAACUUA